AGACAGGUCAGUACCUGAAGCUCAUGGCCAUUCUUUUCUAUCUUCUGACUUCCCUUUGAGAUUGAUUCUUGUGUUUUAUAAUCUCAGAAGGGGGACUGGUGGCCAGCUCGCGGCUCUAUCUGUGGGACUCCUGAGUGGUCUACCUUUCUGGCGAGUCCUUCCAGAUGGCUUUUGCCUUUGUGCCUGCCAGGAGUCCCGGCCUGAGCCCAUUUUGGGUAGUUCUCAGCUCCGGGGUUCUCCCUAUGUGGUGGCAAAAGCCCAAACUCCUUUUGUUGCUGAUGUUGGCAUCUGGGCCCUGUUUUUCAGCUUUCCAGUGAUGUUUCUGGGGCUUUCCUUAUUUUCUUACAAAUUGGUUAUACAUUUAUUUUUUUGUAGCAUUGCUAGGUGUUCUAUAGUGGGAGGACUUUUCAAGUUCACGGACAGUAAUGCUGCUGGAAAUGGAAUUUUGAAACUUUGUCCUGAGUGAUCCAGCUAGGGACAGGAUGUCAGGCUUCCAUCUCGCCUGAGACUGGAAACUGCAAGUGGAAAAUUCUUUCCCACCCAGUUCCAUAGGCUCUUGGCUGCCAAGUGGGAAUGCCUGAGAUAUCAGGCUAACUCCUAGGAAUGUCCCAGGUUGGGCCAGCCUCCUUCCCCAUGCUUCCGCUAGGCCUUUUUAGGGCAGCAGGAAAGAAGCCCUCACCCCUUGCCCUGGCAGUUUCACCCUGCACUCUCUGCCACAUGGACUGCAGUCUAAGGCCUCCCCCUACCAGGCCAGGCCAGGCCAUGUGUCCCAGUGGUUAGAAGCAGAGGCCUGGCGCUCAGUGGGACCUGGGUUCAAGUCCUAUCUGUAUAAAUUCUAGGUGAGUUUGGACAAGUGAGGUUUUCCCCCCCGGUCUGAAAGUAGUCUCGAUAAACACUGCAAUAAGAAGCACACCAGAAUUAUUGAAGCAAUCCCCUCUAGGUGGAGUUCCAGUCAUUUCCAAUCUUGUGCUGAUACAAACAAGGCAACAAAUAGCUCUGAGCUUGUGUCUUUGCUCACCUGUGGAGGACGAGUUCUUGAAGCAGGUUUCUAGGGUCAAAGGGAUGGGGUUUACAGUUUCAGUAGCAAAUGCUCAAUUGCUACUCACACUCCUACCCACAGCGUGGGGGUGUGCCUGUCAUACAUGCAUGCCAGCCAUGUGGAAGCAAAUUGAUUUUUGCCAAUGUUGGGUGCAGUCUCACCUGUGUGUGGCUGAGUGCUUUUUCAAACAUGCACAAGCUAUUAAUUUAUUGAAUAUCCUUUGCCUCAAAAGCUCUUACAAGCUCCUCAGUGCCAGGCACCAUAUUAAACACUAAAUGUGCUAUCUGUCCUCACAACCCCAUAUGAGAGGCCCCCUUUCACAGGUGAGGGACAGAGGCACACUUCCCAGGUGUCACAGGGGCUAGGUACGGAAGUCAGUGUGACCUGCAGCUGCCUCUGAGGCCCAGUGGGAGUCAACUUUCCCUCUCGCUCUGGUGCCCUGGACACUGGGACGGCAAAGAGGUCCCAGAGUCCUCAGGUGAGACUUCUAGAGACAGGAGUCCCUUCAGAGUGAGCGUCCCAGCUCUUGGCCGUCCCCAGGCCUCUCCCUUUUCCUGUUUUGAUGCUGGCUCAGCCAGGCCCGGAGAUGGGGCAUGAUGUCUUAAUCCUCCAGGCAGGAGCUGUGAUGGAGGAGUCCCCAUUAGCUAAUCCACCUGCCAACCCGCCCUUUCUCCCCACACAUGUCCACUCCACAUGGCACCUGAUGGGCUCCUGAGCCUCAGCUCCCUGUCUGAGUGGGACAGGGACCCACGGAGCCCCCCUCCCACCACCUCUCCCUCCAGACAGGUUGGGUGGGGACCCCGGUUGCUCACCCUGGGCUGGGCCCUGGCAGCCAUUACAACUCAUAAAUCAGGGGCUGUCGGAAAUGGGUCUGUGGAAUCUCUGGAUGGGGGGGUGAGCCCUUAACUAUUCGAAGGACGGGAUGUAGGCAGAGCGAGCUGGCCUGCCUGGGUCUGAGGAUGUGGGAGGCAAGCUGGUGGGGAACAUGGGGGCCUUCGUGCCUGUGCAGUAGUCGGCAGUGAAGAGGUUACUCCCCCGCCCAGAUGGGGAUAAAUUGAGGGAGCAGGGCAUCCACUCCUCCCAGGACCUGCCUUCACAAUGGCCACAGGAAGAGUCCUGCUCAGCUCUCUGCUGCUCCUGUCACUGCAGCUGGGCCUCGGUGGGGGCCCUGGUUCUCCAGGGGCUCCGGUGGUGGAGGGGGCGCUCUCAUCUGAGCCAGCAGCAGACACAGGAACCUGGAGGCCACAGCCGGGUGCCCGUCUGCGCCGAGCCCCAUCCAGCCCAUGCCAGCUGUGGAGCCUGCCCCUACCAGUGGCAGAACUGGGCCUGGGCUAUGCUUCGGAGGAAACAGUCAUCUUUCGCUACUGCGCUGGCAGCUGUCCCCGAGGUGCCCGCACCCAGCAUGGCCUGACACUGGCCCGGCUGCGGGGCCAAGGCCGAGCACAUGGUGGCCCCUGCUGCCGGCCCACACGCUAUGCUGAUGUGGCCUUCCUCGAUGACCGCCACCGCUGGCAGCGGCUGCCCCAGCUCUCAGCAGCUGCCUGCGGCUGUGGUGGCUGAGGGUGCCCAACCUGGGGACCUGCAACCACACCAGGAGUCUGCUGACUUAUUUACUGGAGACUUGGAUGAUGAGAAGGGGAUGGGCUGGGGCCACCAGCAAGGAACAUAAUAAAGGAAACUGCUCCUGGA